AUGGGAUUGAGCAGAGUCUUAGGGUUGAUCAGAGUGCUGUAUUUGACCAGAGCCGUGGGGUCUCUGAAGCAGUGGGGAAAGGGAAAAUUGAAGACAAAUCUAUUCAAGAAGGCAAAGGGCACAACCAUAACUGAAGAAGAGCGAUCACAAGAACAAUGUCCAGAAGGAGGUAGACAACUUGUACCUGCAGGAUACAAUCCAUCACCAGUUGAACACCAAAGCCCCCCUUUUAUCGCAGUCCAGAACGACAAUGUUUCUACGCCGACUCCCCCUGCGCCGACUCCUCGUCCACUUACACCAAUGCCACAGGAUCUCGAACCUCUCCAGGAUUUCAACAUCCCUCGACUCCGACGCCGUACAUUGUACCUAGGAAAUAAAAUUGCCUGCGUCGUCUGUAUUGAAAUCCAAGAUGCAUCCCAAUUUCCCGAAAGACCUCACCAUCAUUGUCCCUACAAGUCAUCAGUCUGUCGAUCUUGUCUUGCGAAGUCAAUUACCUGCGCCAUGAAGUCCUCUUUCUGGCUCAAUAUGCGAUGUAUAUUUUGUAGUGCGCAAAUGGAGUACAAAGACAUUGCUGCGUACGCGUCCAAGGAAGAUUUCGCUAAGUAUGUUUAUCCCCUUCCCUUCGAAGUCCUCAAAGUUUUGAGAGUCUGGUCUUGCUAACUGCUUCUUAGAUACGACAAUUUUAUCCUCCAAAACGCUCUCAAAGACAUCCCUAACUACCUAAAGUGUCUCUCGCCCACCUGUUCAUUCGGCCAGAUCUACCCUUCGACCUCCGAGGAUCAAGAGACAAUGGAACCACUGAUCAAUUGCUCUCUCUGCGGCUUCGCUUCGUGCUCGUACCAUGGUGUCCCAUGGCAUGUUGGCGAGACUUGUGAGGAGUAUGAUGCGAAGCGAGGCAAUACCAAGGCGGAGAAGAAGAGCGAGGCGAAGAUUGGUAAGAGUACCAAGCCUUGUCCUAAUAAGGAGUGUGGCCGAUUGAUUACCAAGGCUGGAGGAUGUAACGGCAUUGUUUGUAUGUCACCUUUUUCUUUUUCCCCCUUGUUUCGAUGUUAGACAGGAUUAUAGAUUUUCUGUUCGUGAAAUUCUGAGAGUUAAGCUAAUAUUUAUAAUUAUAGGCAUUUGUGGAUGUGCGUUUUGUUGGCGCUGUGGGGUUGCGUACGAUGAUCCUGACCAACAGCACGGAGAGAGAUGUGGUGAACAUAACGUUGUCCUUUAA